AUGAGCUGGAACCCGACGCAAGGUAUUCGCAAGACAGGAGGAUCAAGAUUCUCCGUCCCAAGGAUCCAACGAGAUGCAGGGAAAGUCACAACUCCUCCCACUCCGGAGCUGUCAGCGUGGAAGACGAGCCCCAAGCAUGCGGACGGAGCAGCCAGGCUGGGAGACACUAGGGUCCUCAAGAUUGUCACUCCCACGAGCGAGCUCGUCGAGGUGGUUCAGAGAGAAGAGUCUCGUGAGAAUGUCAGGACAGUCUGUGCUUCCAUGAGCACCCAGACAGAAGAAGACGACGUUCCGUCCUUGCGCGAGCAGGAGGAGCGUCAUCCAAUCCUCUAUGAUACAUACGUGGAGGAAACACCGGACAUGCAUGGGGACAGUAAUCAGAUGCCUGCAUCAAGAUCAGAUCCGACUACUCACAAGGCUUCAGUGGAUUGGCACGAGACUACUAGAGGCGAUGAUUUGGACAGAGCUGAUGAAGAGAAGGGAGCAAACGUGAAACGCCCGUCAUACAAGGAGGAGGAGGAUGAACUCAAGGCAAUGCUUGCGGACUACCUCUCAGCAGAAGGUCAAGACGGGGCGGGAGAGAUUGAACUCGAGAGGAUUGAGGACGAAACGAGACCCACCACCUCUCAUCGUGAUCAAGAUGUGGCUACUUCGGAGCGGCGACGAAGAAAGCUAGCUCGGAUGGAAGAGAAGGGGACGAAGCAGGGAGCUUCCCCCCGAGAGCUUCAACUUGUGCCUUUCACCUAUCCUUCCCUGGUCGGCCAGUACGACCCGGCAAGCGACUCAGUGGUCAUCGGGCUCGACGUUGGGACACAGGGAGUCCUUGAUCUGCGCGAUCGAUUCACACGUGCUUUCGAGCGAGAGUUGAAUCUCUACUCUGAGAGCCGAGGAUACUGUAGCAGGUUGAAGAGACAGUCUCAUAGUGCGCGAAAGGUCUUCGAGGAUGCUGGGGAGCUGGUCUGA